UAGGAAGAUGGCGGCGGCCCCGCUGUACUGUGUCUGCCGGCAGCCCUACGAUGUGAGCCGGUUUAUGAUCGAGUGCGACAUCUGUAAAGACUGGUUUCACGGCAGCUGUGUACAGGUAGAAGAGCACCAUGCUGUGGAUAUUGAUGUUUACCACUGUCCCAACUGUGAUGUCGUACACGGACCCUCCCUGAUGAAAAAGCGCAACAACUGGCACAGGCAUGACUACACAGAGCCAGACGAUGGAUCGAAGCCGGUGCAGGCUGGCACCUCAGUGUUUAUCAAGGAGCUCCAAAACAGGACAUUCCCCAGUGCCGAGGAGAUUCUGAUACGGAUGAAGGGCGAGCUGGUGACUACCAGGUACUUGGAGAGGCAAGGCUUCAACUACCCCAUAGCGAUCACCGAAAUGGAGGGUCUGGGUCUGAAACUACCCCCCUCUACUUUUUCUGUCAAAGAUGUGGAGCAGUAUGUGGGUGGUAACAAAGUCAUCGAUGUGAUAGAUGUGGCACGGCAGGCGGACAGCAAGAUGAAGCUCAGCGAGUUUAUCAAGUAUUUCACCAAUCCCCAUCGACCCAAAGUCCUCAACCUCAUCAGCCUGGAGUUCUCUGACACGAAGAUGGCAAAGCUGGUGGAGGUUCCUGACGUGGCUCAGAAGUUGUCCUGGGUUGAGAACUAUUGGCCAGACGACUCCUUCUUCCCUAAACCCUUUGUCCAGAAGUACUGCCUUAUGGGGGUCAAAGACAGCUACACAGAUUUCCACAUAGACUUUGGAGGCACCUCUGUCUGGUAUCAUGUUCUCUGGGGUGAGAAAGUCUUCUACUUGAUCAAGCCCACCCUCACCAAUCUUGCACUAUAUGAGGCAUGGAGCUCCUCGCCCAAUCAGAGCGAAGUGUUCUUUGGGGACAAAGUGGAUAAGUGUUACAAGUGUAUUGUACCCCAAGGAACCACGCUGCUCAUCCCUACAGGCUGGAUCCACGCUGUUCUCACCUCUCAGGAUUGCAUGGCAUUUGGAGGGAACUUCCUUCACAACCUCAAUAUUGGCAUGCAGCUCAGGUGUUAUGAGAUGGAGCGUCGUCUGAAAACCCCAGACCUCUUUAAGUUUCCCUAUUUUGAGGCCAUCUGUUGGUAUGUGGCAAAGAACCUCCUGGAAAUGCUAAAAGAGCUUCGAGAGGACAACUGUCCUCCACCAACCUACCUAGUGGAUGGAGUCAAGGCUUUAAUCAGUGCACUGAAGACUUGGUUGAAAAGAGAGGUGAACGAACCCGCCAGCGAGGUACCAGACAAUAUCAGGCCGAACCAUCUCAUUAAAGAACUGACCAAGGAAAUCCGCUACCUAGAGGAGGAACCAGUGGGUGGUAGCAAGCUAGUGAAAUCUCAGGGAAGUGGAGUACCUUUGGGAUCAAACGGCUGCCUGUCCACUCGAGCCACGCUGGAGAGGCUGUGCCAGGCACGGCGAGCUCGAAGGGCCGCCAGGCAACUGAGGGAGCAGCAGCGCCAUGCGCCCAAGCUACCCACUAACUUGGACAUCUUAGAGCAGCACACCAGGGAUGUGCUGAAGAGGCUGGAGGUCGGGCCACUGGAAGAGGAUCCUGCGUUUGGUGCCAAGGUUCACGCAAAGUUCAACAAAGUGUCAACUGCAUCUGCAGCUGCUGCUGCAGAGUCUUUGGAGGACAACCACAUACGGCUGAUGCUGGUCAACGGAAGAAUCAUCAGAGAUUUGAGACGACCGGGAAGCAGCAGCCCUGUAAAGUCCGAAGGUGAGGGACUGUCUGUUGGCCCACCCAAGGGUUGCAUGGACGUGAAGUUUGAGAGGACGUAUGACAGUCAGGAACAGCACAGCACAGCUGAGAAAUCCGCACUCCUCAGAGGUCUGGAGAGGAUGAAGACUGAACUCAGGGAAGAAGUCUCAGGACACUCCAGUGUGUCAGAUGUCGAAUCAGACAGCGACUUUCCCAUAGAGCAUAAAGAGUCAUCAUCGUCGUCAUCGUCUUCUGACGAGGACUCGGAGAGCUCCCAGGAUGAAGAGGACGAGGACGAGCAGCAGACAGGCUCAGGGCACAUAAAGCUGGACCAGUCUGGCGAGAAACUCAGGCACAAACACAAACCACUCAAACGAGAACGUCCUACCUCACCCAGCACAGCAGAGGCCAUUCAGGGGAUGCUGUCUAUGGCUGGUCUGCUGUGCUCCUCCAAAUCGGAGACGGCAGACUCGCUCCAGGAGUCCUGGUGGCCCAGCCCGCUGGAACAGGCGCAGCACCAACGCCGACUGCAGGGGGACAAGAGCCCGAUAGACAGCCAGGGCAACAGCAGCAGCGAAGCCUGGGACAAUCAGGGGCUCCCCAGCCCAGAGAUGGAUUACCAAUACUGUGACCCCUCAAUGUCUCCACCUCUGCACCCCUCCAAGAGGCACGCCCCGAACCCUCCACCAAUCAGCAAUCAGGCCACAAAAGGCAAACGGCCCAAAAAAGGCAUGGCCACAGCCAAGCAGAGACUGGGGAAGAUCCUGAAGCUCAGCAGACACAACCGCGUCUUCGUGUAACCCUCCCAGACAUUGAAAGAAGGGCGAGGAGUCAGGAGCAGGGGGAGAGAAGAAGAUAGUUUUGUGUAUUUUUUACCAGACAGUUAAAAUAUGUCGGGGGAGGGGGAUGGAUGAAACAAAAAAGAAAUGAAAUCACAUGGACACACUGCCUGGAGAUGAAACAAAUCUUUGAUACGUAAAACACGCUCACUGUGCAUGCUUAGGAGACAGGGUAUCAGAUUGGAAACGAGCAAGCGCACGACUUCACUACAAGCACACUAAAGACAAAAACAUGAAAGGAGCAUGUUGCUGCAGGGAACGGUGGACUUGAAGCUCCUGUGGGCAUUUUGGACGGACAAAAAGGAGACGUUGGUGGGGGCGGGAGGAGAGGGUGAGGCGGCAAGACGUCCACUGCUUCUGAUGCCAAGAUCACCUGCAUCACAUUUGCUAGUAUUUCCCCCCUCUGCUGAUCACCCCUCCACCUCUCCCCUGCCCUCAUUUUUAUUAUUAUUAUUAUAUAUAUAUAUAUAUAUAUUUUUUUUUUUAUUCGUGACAAACUGAACAGGACGAAGGGUCUGUUUACCUGGACGGGUGGAGGUGAAACGCGGUGCUAAAAGAGGAGGCGGUGAAACUGAAAUUUCAAAAUGGUGCUUAUUUGUUUGUACGUCUCUCCACUCUCUCAUGCUUGUGUCCCACCCUUCCUCUUUAUCUCAAUCACACCAGCAAUAAUGACUUUUUUUUUAAGGAGAGAGGUAAGGGCGAGAGGCAGCACUUUGGUGCAUUUCUUCUGCUCGCAGAAUUUUAACAGGUGUAAAACUGCACCUGCUCUCACACCUGCACUGUAGUGUUGGAGGUGGGGUGGAGUCACUCAAAAUGCUGCCUCUCUGUGAAUUGUUUUCCCAUAGGAAUUACAAGUCGUCACCUCUGAAACGACUCUGGCUUAAUUUAUUUCGCGUUUUAUGUGAUUUUUUUUUAUUGUUGUUUUUAUGGAUUCUGAAUUAUGUAUUUAUUAAUUGAACAGAGGUAAUGAUUUUAUUAUAUUUUCACCCUAAAAACCUCAGUGAGCCUGAGGGUGGUUCUUUUUUUCCCCCCCUUCGUAGGGAGUUUUUUUUUUUUUUAACCUUUUAAAAAUACGUUUUUGUAAAUGUGGAUGUUUUUAGAGUUCAUGUGAUCAUCUGUUGAGUACCUACCCAUCUUUUCCCUUCCCAGCUGAUUAGAGCCUGUGUCGAUCCUCGUCCUCUUUGUUCCUGUAGCGUGAGUUUUUUUUGUUUGUUUAUGGGCUAUGUGCGGAUAGUCUAGGUUAAGAAACUUCCAUAUCUACUCCUGAGCUUUCUCUACUUAGUGCCACACCGUUUAGCAAAAAAACAAAACAAAACAACAGGUAUUCUGAGCCACUGUGGUCGAUCCAAAGUAGAUGAUGUAUUAAAAGGUCAGCGAUUGAGGAACUGACAUGUGGAUGAUUGAGGUUUUUUUUUUUUUUCCUUCUUCUUUAAUGUGAGGUGUGUGUGCAGUUCUUCACUCUCAGGGAAUGAUGCCAUGGACAUAACCUUCGAUUAACCACCAGCCACACAUCAUGGAUGCAGACACUCAUGACUUCUUAUUUCAGUGUUUUUCAGUUUUUAUAGCUCAAAUAAAAGGAACAGGUCAGAUUUAACAGUCAUUGUAUCUUUAGGCUACUUUUAUCCAUUUGGUGUUACUCCUACUCGCUGCCUCCAAACACGUGUUCAGCUCAUUAAGUAGAAAAACACCCUCAUUUAAGUUGACUCUGCACCCAUGUAGCUUUAAGAGCGCCCUCUGAACAGUGUGAGCCUUCCUCAGGUGAGUGAUGAGAUCCAAAACACAGAAUUAACAUAAAAAACUGAGUGUUUCCUUUGUACCCCUCUUUUUUCUUUUACACUACACUUUAAUCUUUGAAGUCUUUGCAUGUUAACUCACAGAAUAAAAACACGAACUGGCCCGCAGGCAGGGUUUGUAAUAAGCUGUAGUAUUUGUCCCCCUCCUUCUGCUUGAAAUGCAGCUCUCAGCAUUUUUUUUUUUUAAAUAUGUGUUGGUUCUUGCAAUGUUUAUUUCCAGAUUUAAAUGGCUUAUGAUUUGAAAUAUACAAACACUGGCUAACUGUGACACUGUUAAUGCAUUUCAGAAAUUGCGUGUAAAUAAAUAAAAGUAAUGAAAUGA